AACUCUCGAAUCUCAUUUAUCGCCUCUGUUUGUGCUAAAAAGAAACUUGGAAUAUUUUUCUUGAAAACUAAAAACCAUAUAAUUUUUAGCAACAGCCACAGCCAUAAAUUGGGCGAGAUGUCAAAUAAAUUGGAACAGUACGAUGUCUCGCCUAAGGAGUUGCGCAAUAUCCAAGAAAGAGCCAAGAUCAGGGCAGAUUUCCGCAAAGAAUUUGUCAAGCAGUUUACAAACCCUCAUCGCCAUGGAGAAGGGGGCUACCUAUUUGACCCAGCCUUGCAGCGAUGGCAGUCCUUGAAGGCACAACAGUACUACUACUUUAAGCCUACGUCCAAAACCAUCUUUUGGCCGAUUCUUGUCGUCUCGACCUGUUUCGGAUAUGGGCAUUGGAUGAAGUUGCGACGAGCCAAACGGGAGGCUGCAUACCGUCAAGGGCUUGUUUCCUACAGAGACAGAGAAUUCAAGUUCAUCUAAUGGAAAAUCUUUCCUAGAAAAAAAAUCGCUUGUAGAAAUGCUGGUCUUGUUGAUUUAGUGUGUAAAGUUGUAUGUAGUAAUAUAAUAUAAAACGGGAUUUCUUCUCACCUUCAAAAACAAUUACUAUAUGCGUAAUUUCGAUGAAUUAUAUGUAAUUAUGAUAUGAGCGAAGCAAUUUAAUAAAUUGCAAUUCAAUAAAUUACA